GCAGUGCGUUCUGUGUGGUGCAUACGUUGUAUUUAUCCAACGUAUGCUAGACAGCUUGACAGAAAUGGUAGCAGAAGAUGAAUGUCCAGAUGAUUCUGCAUACCAUUUUGCGUAAUGGUAUGCAGCAUCUGAAUGUGUGCAACAAAAAUGUAACAUUCACCUUCUGCUACCAUUUCUGUCAAGCUGUUUACACACAGUUUUUGUUCGAUAAAUCCAACUGUAUGCACCACAGGAGGUUGGUGGCACCUUAAUAGGGGAGAAUGGGCUCGUGGUAAUGGCUGGAGCGGAAUCAGUGGAUUGGUAUCAAAUACAUCAAACACGUGGUUUCUAGGUUUUUGAUGCCAUUCCAUUCACUCAGUUCCAGCCAUUAUGUUGAGCUGUCCUCCCCUCAGCAGCCUCCACUGGUAUGCACCACACAGAACACACUGCAACUGCCUCUGCAAUGCUGCAAGGCAAACACAGCAUUCCAUUGGAAAUGAAUGUACUUCUGGUGUACCGAAACGCAAAACUCUUGUCUGUGUGAUUGAGGCUUAUGAGGCGAAGCCAGAGGGAUAACUGCGCCCGAAAUCUGUCUUCUCCAGCAGGUGGCGUUUUGUAAAACACUGUCGGUGUGUUCUUGGCGUUACUAUAUGGGCGCUACGGUUUAGCAGGUGUUAUAGCAGAUAUUGCGAGAAGCUUUUUACUCGCUCAUAACAAUGCAGUAAAAAUGUCAAACAGUAUACAAAUUAUAAAAAACUAGACGCAGAACAACUGUUAGGUUAGGUAAAAGUUUCCUGUUUGAUGAGAUAUUGCAUAGUUUGUUACUUUGACGAAACAUGUCAAACAUCCGAUUCGGGUCGACUGUUUCAGAAUUAUUUGAAGUUGUUUCUUUCUGUUGCUUAUGAAAGAUGGUAAUGAGAGAGUUCUAUUAACCUGAACGGGGCUAUUGCCAUGAACCUGACACGAGGAAGCCGGUGAGGUGAGGCGCGCCCUGAUCGAUCAAAUCGAACGAUAAUCUGCGCCACUCGUUCAUAUUGUAAACAUUACAGCAUGCUGCAUCAUGCAGGAAAAAUACAUAUAUUUUAAAACUAGUUUUAAUUGUAUGCAAUCAACACCCGGUUCACCCGGGGCAUGAAUAGAAUCCCCCCUAUAUUAGUGAAUGUACACCAAUAAUAUUCGGUGUGACAGAGCGCUAUAUGUUACAGUGAUUUCGAUUGGUUGAAACCUAUUGCGAGAAAGAAGACUUCUUACGUAAUCAGGUCGAGUUUACUUUGAGGAACCGGAGGGACAACUUUCACAUUGCAUUUCGAUGAACGAGGGUAGUGAUAAACGUGGUUUGGGACUGGACUCAAGUGUAGUUUUCGUGACUUUGUAGGACCUCGGACCCCACGCUCCGACCAACAUUUUAUCGACCUCAGAAUAGCAGAGCAGAUAACAAGGGUCUCUUUGGACCAGCAACAAGCAUGCUAACUUCUCUGUUCGCAUUUGGAACUGUUAUUCGUGCUUGUUAUGCGUAUGAUUUUUUUGAAGUUCGUGGGUAAUCGGGGAGGAAAAUUUAAACUAGAUUUUUUAUUUUUUUAUUUUUUUUAAAAGUCAAAAUAACUAUGUUGGGGAAUGAGGGGAUCUAUGCAGCGAAGAAGAGGAAGAAACCCGUCCAGAAAAGUCUGAAGCAUGCUCCAGGUGACGGUGUGGUAAAGACCAACCCUUCAAAACGUCACCGGAAUCGUCUGAACGGGGAGCUUGACCGGCUGACCAGCCUGCUGCCCUUCUCCCCAGAGGUCAGGGGUAGGUUGGACAAAUUGUCUGUCCUGCGGCUCAGCGUGGGAUAUGUCAAGGUCAAGAGCUUCUUUCAUGCGACCCUCCAGAAGAAGUGUGAGUGGCCGGCCCCCCCUCUCAGUGGGAACUGUAGGAACGGACGGACAGCCACUUCUAUAGACGGAGUCAGCCUCUCCGAGGGAAACCUACUGCUGCAGGCCCUGAAUGGUUUUGUCCUGGUGGUCACCACUGAUGACUCUAUCUUCUAUGCCUCUCCAACCAUCCAGGACUACCUGGGCUUCCACCAGUCUGAUGUGGUGCACCAGAGUGUGUAUGAGCUGAUACACAUGGAUGACAGAGCCAUGUUCAGGUGUCAGCUUCACUUCGCCCUCAAACCCAACCAGCCCGACUCAGAGGCCGGACCAGAUGCCAUCGAGUCUAGCAGCAGACCCCACAGUGAGUCUAUGAGCUACCCGCCCCAGCACAUCCCUGAAGAGAACAGGUCCUUCCUAGAGAGAAGCUUCUGCUGUCGCUUCCGCUGUCUCCUAGACAACUCCUCCGGCUUCCUGGCGUUGAACUUCCAGGGACGUCUGAAGUAUGUUCGAGGCCAGGGAAGGCUGGGGGAUGACGGGGCCUCGGUCCCCGCUCAGCUGGCCCUGUUUGCCAUCGCCACACCCAUGCAGACCCCAGCUGUCAUGGAGAUCAGGACCAAGACACUCAUUUUCCAGACCAAACACAGACUCGACUUCGCCCCCAUAGGCAUAGAUACUAGAGGUAAAGUGGUGCUGGGUUACUCUGAGACAGAGUUGGUCACUCCAGGCUCAGGUUACCAGUUCAUCCAUGCUGCUGACAUGAUGUACUGCGCAGACAACCACAUCAAAAUGAUAAAGACAGGAGAGACUGGUUUCACCAUCUUCAGGCUGCUGACUAAGCCAGGUGUGUGGGUGUGGGUUCAGGCCAACGCCAGGGUCGUCUUCAAGGCAGGGAGACCCGACUUCAUCAUCGCUCGACAGAAAGCCCUAACAAACGAAGAGGGUGAGGAGCACCUGCGUCAGCGGAGAAUGCAACUUCCCUUCAACUUUGCCACUGGGGAGGCUCUGCUGUAUGAGUCCUGUCCCUCUGUGAAUACUGCCAUUAUGCCUACAGGACCACCCAUCCCCCCUGGCCUCACUCCCCCAGGUUCCUGCCCUGAGGACAAGCCCCUGGACCCUGCGUCUCUCCUGGGGUCUCUACUCAGUCAGGGCCGCUCUGUUUAUACUCAGCCCCAGGACGCUAACCCUAACCUGGACCUCCAGGUCUUUUCCCCCAACCUAGACACAGCCUUCCCCCAGGACCAGGACCCAGGCCUGCAGAGAGCCUUCCUGGAUAGCCACGCUCUGCUGAGUGUCCCUGGGGAGCUCCAGGUCUUUUCCCCCAACCUAGACACAGCCUUCCCCCAGGACCAGGACCCAGGCCUGGAGAGAGCCUUCCUGGAUAGCCACGCUCUGCUGAGUGUCCCUGGGGAGCUCCAGGGGCCCCAGAGGCCCAGCAGGGGAGAGCCCACAGCGCAGGCCAUGAUGGACUCUCUGGGGGAGAUCCUGGAGGAGAUGGGGGCGGGGGGCUUGGAGGGGCUGGAGGUGGAGGAGACAGAGCUGAGGGAGUGGGAGAGCACCCUCCUCAGGAUCAACAUGGAACAGCAGGAUGUGACGGGGGAGCUGGAUGAUAUCUUAGCCAAUGAUGUGUUCUCCUACGUGGAGGAGGCUCUGAUGAGAGAGUGUGAUGAUGGAUGUGUGAUGGGCAGCUUGGGACAGGGCACUGAGCCAAUCAACAGACUUUCUGCUCACAUCACUGCCAAUCAAAACAUACUACGUGGGUUCCCUCACUCCCAGAGUUCCAUAUUGCCAGGCAACCAGGGGUUCAAUGGCGGGAACGGCUCCCACAGUGAGAACCAAUGGCAGUUGUCUGGUCCACACAUGACCUCUAACCUCAACAGCUUUGGAGAGCAGAGGUUGCUAGGAAAUGGAGUUGUUGGUGGUGUGGAGCAUGGGCUGGGUUGUAGUCCGGGGACUGUGAGACAGCCACGGAGGACUGUAAACACAAACACACUACCCAGAGCUGCUCAGACUGUUGCAAGGCAAUGGACUCAAGGAAGCUGUGCGGCUCUUCAUGGCAACCAAAUGGUCCCACAACCUUCUCAUACUAUCAACCAACCAGAGUCCUGGAUACCCUCCAUCCAAAAUAUAAAUGGUAAUAACCACACCUCUCUCCCUGUCCCUCUCCCAAACUUUAACAACUAUCUCCCAGAGGCCUUUGACCAAACCAUGCAGCCCAGCUGGGAGUUAUACCACUCUGAGACUGGAGAUGCAAACAGGCAGUUCUCAGGGCAGCCCUAUCCAGGUCUGUCAUAUCAGGACCCAAGGCGGAUACCACAGGGUUUUCCUGCAAAGCCAGUAAACAGACAUUGUCACACACACCCCAAACACAGCACACACAUACCGUCCAAUAACGCACCCAGAACUCAAACACUCACACACACCACACACACACCCUCAGGCAGCUGUAUGUUUGACAAGACGACUCCAAAUGUCUCCAACCCCUCCAGCCCCCUUACAACUGCCCCAAGCAGAUCACACGGUCUCAUACCUGCCCCCACUUACUACAAUGAACCCAGACCCUCUCCCACUCUUUCCAAUGACUGUAAAACCAGCUCUUCAACCCAGGCCCCCAAAGUAUUUAUGACUUACCCUCAAGCAUCCAUAAUCUCAAGAUCUACCAAAUCUUAUCCCCUAGCCUCCAUCCCCACCCCCAUCCCCGCCCUAUCCAGAGGGGCUCAGAUGGAUAAGGACACAGGAGCUAUCCCUGCCUGGUCUGGGGCUCCGUACCUGGGCAUGAAGCAGCUCCCAGGCCCCUUUCCCAGCCCCAAGCAGGUUCCCCAGAGCACCAGGGGAAAUGGCAGCUGUAGUGAUCCCAGUGAAGGAAGCUUGAUGCUGGGUCAGAGGGGGUUGGAAGAAAGCCUCCUUCCUGGAGGUCCGACGCCAGGAUUUCCUCCUGAGAGAACGGAUCUGUAGAGUCAUCUUUAUUCUACUGGAAUGGACAAACACGGGUCCCUACCAGUCCUAAUGGUGAUGCGGAUCCUUUUCUCUUCACUGGCAACAUCUUCUAGAUUCUCUAGGACUAAGAGGAACCUACAAGUAACCAUCUCCACAAUGGAACCACAACAUCUUUCGGAAUCUAGGACCUACCUUGGAACCACCAACAUCUUCUGGAAGAAUACAACUGUACAAAAACCAGCACCUCUAUCGAAGACUGUUCCUUGGAGCUGGAUAAUAUUCUAUAUUAUAUUUAAUUUCCUUGUCUGGUUGAAGGGUGCUGCUUUCCAGCCAUGGACAGCCACCGGUUUAAUGUUCAGACUAGGGCUGUUACGGUGACCGUAUUACUGCCACACCGGCAGUCACUAGUCAUGACCGCAAUCAAUUUCCAUGUGACCGUUUAGUCACGCUAACUAGGCUUCUCCCAGCUCUGAUUCUGCUGAUGGUCAUAACUGCUUGGCACUCAGCACUUUAUUGUCCCUCUAAUCACUCUGGCAUCAAUGCAAAUGUAAUUGAAUAUCAAAAACACUUCAUGAGAGCCCAUAAGCUAUGGAAUUGCAUGAGAAAACAGAGUGAUGGCCUCUAUUAAAAAGAGGAGGAUCCCAUCAGCUUUCUAUUUUUCAACUUUCCUAAUAUUAAGCACAUUGCUUCGCUUUACAACAGGAGUAUAGCCUACCUGGCAGGCAUGAAAAUGAACCACGUAAAAUCAUCUUCCAUUUGCUAUUUAAGUGCGUAGAUGACAUGUAUUUGUUUCCCCUGCCCCUUGUUCGAAACAGGUGCAUGAUCAUGGUCCAUUCUAAAUCCAAACUAAUUUCACACAUAUAUUAUUUAGUAUAUGUAAAGACAAUAUCAAAUUAAGAAUAGUCUGAAUAUUAGCCUUUCACUUGUGAAUGAUGUAUUAUCACUUGUGAAUGAUGCCCAGCAUGUGUAGUAAGGCAAGAAACAGCACAUUCCUUUUUUGUUGUUGACUUUUUCAAAUCCUAGUCAAACACCUCAUGUAGCCUAUAGCCCAUAGACUUAUAUAUGUUGAAAGGGUUUGUAUCACAAGUAAAGUUGCCAAAUAACUUCUUAAAAUGAAGAACAUUAAUCCACUUUACAACUGGUGUAGAGCAUACAUGGAAUACAUAGGCGGCACAUGAUUUUCAAGUUUGGGGAAGAUAAUUUUCCCCAUAAAAUGCACUUUUAUAAUAAAGCAUUACAUGCUGUUGAGAAGCCUUUGUUGAGAAGCAUUUGAAGUCACUUUUUAGAAUGGUGUUUUCCUGUCAAUUGAUUGCAUUUUGGAGCAUUCAUGCUUACAGCGUACUUCCGUGUGUGCAUUGCUGUGCUUAUAAUGUGAAGAAAUAGCCUAAUAGUUUAUCAACAUUUUAAGCUAAACUUUCUGAUCUGUUGCAUUAGCCUCAUUGCUUUUAAAAUGUUUUAUUCAUUUGGGAUCUAGUGCAUCCCACAACUGUUCCAGACUAUGUUUUGAAUAUUUCUUUCUCACACAGAAUAGAAUAGGUCUACUUCUGUACUAUGGGGGAUAGUAGAUUGACAUAGGCUAGUGCUUUUGCUGUUGGUUAGGACGACUCCUCUUGUUUGCUGAUGAAAAGUCAAUGUGGACAGUUCUUCUAACAUCUUCAAAAUGGGCCUGGGAAUUUAAUGAGAAGGAAGAACUCCGUUGCGUCCUCAAUAUGUCUUCACUUGUAGCCUACUUCAGAGCUGAGAUGCCUGUGAGAAGGACCCGAUCACCUUGACGGGCAUUGCCUAAUAAGAAUUGAUAAUAUCUGAGAGAGCCAUGUGAUUGAGAGAUGCUUCGGAGAGCGGCGAUUUGCAGCCGGGAGAAGGGAAUUAUAGUUAUUAUAUUCAGGCCAAGGGCAAAAGGCAUGAAUAUUGUUAGAGGGCAUUACGGCCACCCAAAAGAGGGUGCCGCCGGGAAAUUCUAGGCCUGGUGAGAAUAUUAUCAAGUGCAUGUCAAAUUGUGAAUGAAGGGGCCUCCCGGGUGGUCUAAGACACUGCAGUGCAGUGCUAGCUGUGCCACUAGAGAUUCCGGGUUCGAGUCCAGGCUCUGUCGCAGCCGGCUGCGACCGGGAGACCCAUGGAGCGGCGAACGCAGGCCCUCGACCUUCGCCUCUCCCGAGUCCAUACGGGAGUUGCAAUGAGGAGACAAGACUGUAACUGCCAAUUGGAUACCAUGAAAUUGGGAAUAAUUUUUUAUUUUAUUUUUUACAAAAAUAAAAAAAACAUCAAAUGUUUCAUACAACUUUUUUCAAAUCAUCAUUAGUCACAUCAUGUAACCUUAGAAUGUAUGAAAAUCUAAACAUACAGUCCAGCGUUUGUAUCACAACUAAAGUUACAUAACUCUAAAUGAAGCAUAUAGGGGGACCAGUUUCUUUGUUAACCCCUCAACACAGAAUAGCCACGUGUGCACUCCCUCAGAAAUUGCUUGGUGAAAAUAUCCUUUCUAUUUUAUUUAGUUAUGUUCAAUUGUAUUCUUCAUACUAUAAAAUAAUUCCAAGGAAUUCAAAGUAAAUCUUGUCAGCUAAAUGAUCUAGUGUAGCCCACAGCCAUAUGGCAUAGCCAGAUCAGGACCUAACAUAAGGACAACUCAGAGUAUGCUAUUCUGUUCUUCUGAAAUAGACUACAUUUUUUUCAUAUCAUGUUUCUUUAGACCUGUCUAAAAUAAAUAAUGGAUUUAUUGUGAAGGUGUAGGCUAUCUUACAUUAAUUUAUUAUACUUUUUAAAAAUGUAGUUCCAAAAUUCUGCAUAAGUGGCUUGUAGACUAUGUGUGGAAGCCAGGAGAUGUUAAGUAUGUUUAUGUUAAUUAACGGUAAAUUACCGUGAGUCCGCCAGUUAUUUGCUUGACAAUCACCGGCUGACAAAAUGUCAUGACCGCCACAGCCCUAGUUCAGACUGUGUGUUAGUGGCAUAGUGGCUGCAGCUGAGGGUCCAUUCAGAUGGACAGAAGAUGUGUUUACGUAUAUGAAAUGUCAUCAUUGAUACAAAGGACUUCACUCUCCCCACCACAUAACAAUGUGAAUUUAUCAACACAACAUCUGUUUGAGCAGGAUCUGUUUAUGUUUUCAAAGUCAUUUUCUCUCCCACUCUAUAGCCUGGCCAUUCUGUCAGCUCAACUUGAGUUUCUUGUGCACUUCUCAUCAUGUUUUCUUUUUUGUCUGUUUCCAUUCCAAGAAACAAGAAGGCUGAACCUCUAAGCUUUAAAGACAGACAGGAGGUAAUGUUUUUUGGAAGUUGCAAAGGCUUUUAAAAAAUGUUUUAAACCCAAAUACAGCAGUUUGAGUAUGAUUGAGUGUCCAUGUUGAUACGAUAAGCUUCAAAAGGAGUGCAUUGUGUUCAUGCUUCAUCAUGUUUGUUUGUUUUUAACUUGUUUCAAAGACAUGUUAUUGUGUUGAUAUUAUUGUUUCUGUUCAAGCUUUAGCUGACGAGCCUGUAGCCCUAAGAAACAUCAGCAUUACCAGGGAAACAGCCUGCCUGCUUUUUGUGCCUUGGCCAUAGACUGUUUGUCCCAAUAUGUUAGAGAUCACAUAUAGCACUUAAUUGGUCAACCAUUGACUUUAUUACAUUAUGAUUGCUUUACCUGUGUAACUAUUUAAAAUUACCCAACAAAUCAUGCUUAACGUGUCAUUGACUUAUACGAUAAGUAUGUAUAACAUUAAAUGUGUAACAUAUUGUAUUUGAAUAUUUGAGGUUAUGAAUGGUUGGACAGGUUUCUAGCUAUUCACUAAGUAAACAAUUUGUACAUUU